UAUGUUCUACUUUGGUACCAGCAGGAUUUGGAGAGCAGAGAUCGAGAGAGAGAAAUGGAAAGCAAGAGCAUGUUGCAAUUGGAAGCCGGGGAUGUACUGGAGAAUACCGUUGGCGAUGAUCAGAUUCAAGGUCCGGUCAACAAAAUCUCUCUUCUCACUCCUUACCACAUGGCCAGAUUUUCGCUUUCUCAUAGAAUAGUUUUGGCACCGUUGAGUCGGCUAAGGUCAUACGACAACGUUCCUCAACCACAUGCCAUCUUAUACUACUCUCAAAGAACAUCCAAAGGAGGUUUUCUCAUUUCUGAGGCAACUGUAAUUUCUGAAACUGCUCGAGGGUAUCCAAAUACGCCGGGUAUUUAUACCAAAGAGCAAGUGGAAGCUUGGAAACCAAUAGUGGAUGCCGUUCAUGCUAAAGGGGGUACCUUCUUCUGUCAGAUUUGGCAUGCCGGAAGAAUUUCUAACUCGGUUUUUCAACCAAAUGGUGAAGCACCAGUAUCUUCCACGGACAAGGCAAUGAACCCAAUAAUACAAGAGAAUGGGUUUGAUGUAAUGGAGUUCUCACCUCCAAGACGCCUUAGAACAGAGGAAAUCCCUCACAUUGUCAACGAUUUUAGAAUUGCUGCAAAAAAUGCCAUGGAAGCAGGUUUCGAUGGAGUUGAGAUUCAUGGGGCAAAUGGCUACCUUAUCGACCAAUUCUUGAAAGAUCAAGUGAAUGACAGAACAGACGAAUACGGUGGAUCCCUUGAAAAGCGGUGUCGUUUUGCUCUUGAAAUUGUUGAAGCCAUUAGCAAUGAGAUAGGACGUGAUAGAGUUGGAUUAAGACUAUCUCCAUUUGCCUACUACAACGAGUCAAAGGACUCCAACCCUGAAGAACUGGCGCUUUACAUGGCCAAAUCCUUGAGCAAGUAUGGGAUCUUGUAUUGUCAUGUCAUCGAGCCAAGAAUGAAGACAGAACGAGAAAAGGGUGAGACACCCUAUAGUCUUGUUCCCAUGAGAAAGGCUUUCAAUGGCACUUUCAUCGUCGCUGGUGGCUAUAACAGGGACGACGGCAACCGAGCCGUAGUUGAAAACCAUGCUGAUCUUAUUGCUUAUGGUCGCUUGUUCUUGGCUAAUCCGGAUUUGCCAAAGAGAUUUGAGCUUAAUGCUCCUCUAAAUAAGUAUGACAGAAACACAUUCUACACGUCUGAUCCUGUUAAUGGGUAUACUGAUUAUCCAUUUCUCGACCAAGUUUAAAUAACUUUAAAAAAUAAAAUGAAGAAAGAUUUGAUAGUAAGAAGAUUUCAUUACUUUGUUUAAUAACAUGUACAAGUUAUUUUGUUAUCCAAUAAAAUAAGUCUCUACUUAAAAGUCA